GUCAUCUUGGGCGAUCUACACCCGCCCCAAGUCGCACCGUCCCAUAUGGGAUUGGACAGAUACAAAUACCUUCUGACAGCAUGUCUAUAGCAGAACCUCCUCUGCCAAGCCUUCAGAUAUGUGACGAACGACGGAAGAAGUUGCUCCUGUUGGAAAGACGGACGGUGUGGUUAGAGUCGCGGGUCCGGAAGCUUGCCGCGGGACGGGUGGAUUUCAGCAACAAUAUGGGACCCAAAGGAAGUGGAACGUGCGAGCAGAGGAAGCGACGGAGGCCGUUGUCAAUGAUCGUAUUAUCGUCGUCGACGCCGAGAGAAAAGGAUGAAAACCCCACCAUGCCAUCAUCGGAGAUCGAAGCAGCCGGGUUGCAACCGAGGACUGCGCGCCUACGCUCAAAAUCGACUUCCAGUCUGCCUGUAUGGACGUCCGCUCAUUCUGGCAGCAUCAUCAAUCAUAAGACGGACGGAAAAGAGCUCGCUGUAGAUUGGUCAUUUGACAGAUCCCGGUGCGAUUCGGGAGCUUCGCUGACCCCAGAACCACCACAACGCAAACUUGAGCCAACAUCAACCACACUACUCUCCCAACGGCUGCCUACGCGUGUGACGAGCUUCAGAAGCCGCUUACCAGUUCCUAGCAGAUUAUUGAAAGUUUCAGCGUCGGCAAAGCGCAGCGAGGAGCCAAUACGAAGAGAUGAUGGCAACCAUGAGCAGCCUGCUCUCCUCCGGUCGCUCUCCCACUCGUCAUCGAAUUCCAGUCCUAUAAUUAGAUCCGACGCGGGACACGAAUUUGAGAUUCGAUUGAAAGAGACGAGCCCUCCAGGUACCAAGGAUGACGAUCUGGAUUACGCUUUGAGCGAGUUCCGCGACAUGAUGGCGAUGGAACCCCCUACUCCGUACGGCUCCGAAGCCAGCGAAGAAACGAUCAUACCCGUCAGUCUCGAAACGGACAGUGACUUUCUAACGAACCACGACACAAUGCGCUCUCAAUGGGCUUACGCACCCGCAACAGCGCGCCAUGCUCCCAACUCCUACUUCCCGCAUCCCGACCCAAUAUUAGAUGAUACGUCAUGGGAGUCCACCGAACUAUCCUCCGAUUACGAAAACAGGCCGAUUGUUCGAUACAUUGUCGCCCCGAUUCAACCAGAUCUGUCCAGGGAGGCCAUGUACAUGACUCCGCAGACGUCUAUGCCUACGAUCGAAGUCGAUAUGUACGGAAACCGCUCGUCUUCGUUUGAAAAUGAUCCCGAUUCGGAGUUUUCGAUGGAUGGAGGUGGGAAGAGUGCUACGGGAUCUCCGACCGGUGCGGAUGGAUUGGGUAUGGUUACGAACGUGCACGUCACGAAUGAUGAGUCUUUCCGGAAGACGCGAUCUGAGCUACAUAUGGCUGCCAUUCAGUAUAUGCUCAAAGACAGAAAGGACUCCACCCUUCUCUGUCCUCCCUUGCGUAGCAACAAGCAUACUCAGGAAGCCAGCUUGGAAUGGGACGAGUCGUCCGAAAUCACCGUCGUAUCCUGGAAAUCCGAAGCCGAUGGCGAUGAGCACGAACAAGAGUGUGAUAUCGUCGAAGUCGCAGAAGUUGAGGAAGAUCAAGACGAAGAGCAGGCCAUCGACGGCUGCUACGAGCCAUCGGACUACGAAUCCGCCUUGGCGGACUUUAUGCCGCACACACUAGACACCAUCAGCGAAAGCAGCUUUGAGGACGGGGAGGGCAUCGAGAUGCCCGAUAGGGAUGGGGAGGUCGCGUUUGGAGUCUCUUUUAGUAGCAGUGAAGGCACGCUGAAUUCACUCAGUGGAACGUUGCGAUGGCAAGCGGCCACUCGCAUGCUUUAUCCGGCGUCAUCGGAUUUGCUGUGAGAACCGGAGGACCUGAGUGUGGAUUCGGAAGGGGAUUUGUAUCAUUCG